AUGCCUAGUCGUUCAGAAAUCGCCUACUUCGGCGCAGGACCCGCUCCCCUCCCAACCGCAGCUAUAGAGCAGAGCGCUCAAGCUUUUGUGAAUUUCCAAGAUACCGGGCUGUCAUUAGCGGAGAUUUCGCAUCGUUCACCUACAGCAAACAAGAUUCUUUCGGAUGCGAAAGAUGCACUGGCAACGCUGUACGACAUCCCUACGGACGAAUACGAUGUCCUAUUCAUGCAAGCGGGAGGGACGGGCGAGUUCAGUGCCACGGUCCAGAACUUGGUGGGAUACUGGAUCGAGAAACGCCGGAGGAAGGCCAUCGCCGAACUGGGCGAGGGAAAGGAUGCGGAAGUCCUGGACCGCGUCAAGAGAGAAGUCGAGGCUGAGCUGAAGGUCGAUUACCUCGUCACGGGGUCUUGGUCGCUCAAGGCUAGCCAGGAGGCCAGCCGACUACUCGGUGCCAAGUAUGUCAAUGUCGCCGUGGAUGCCAGGAAGAGCAACAACGGCAAGUUCGGGAAGAUUCCGGACGAGAAGGAGUGGAAGUUGACUCCGAAGGGGAGCGCCUUCACAUACUAUUGCGACAAUGAGACAGUCGAUGGCGUCGAGUUCCCGGGCUUUCCCAAAUCUCUGGAGAGCACGACCGGAGCAGGAGAAGACGACGACGAGAGGAUCGUUGUGGCUGAUAUGUCGAGCAAUUUCCUGAGCCGGAAGAUCGAUGUGAGGAAGUUUGGUGUGAUCUUUGGCGGUGCACAAAAGAACCUCGGCAUUACUGGCAUCACUGUUGUCAUUAUUCGAAAGUCCCUCCUCAGCCUAGUCCCACCGCCCACAUUCCUUCAUGCCUUGUCGCCAGUGCUCCCGACGUCCGGGGCUCUUCCUCCGAUCAUCUUCUCCUUCUCCACCAUUGCCUCGAACAACAGUCUGUACAACACCCUGCCCAUUUUCAACCUGUACGUGGCGACGGUCGUGCUACAAAUGCUGGUGUCGACAUUCGGCCAAAAGAAAGUUUCCGGCCAGGAAGAGGUUGCCGACCGGAAAGCAGCGCUGAUCUACGGCGCUCUGGACGCUCAUCCGGACACGUACCAUGUCGUACCGGACAAAAGCGUGCGCAGCCGAAUGAACAUCUGCUUCCGCAUCAUAUCUGGCACCCCAUCCGACGGUCAAGUGGUGGCCGACGAGGCGAAAGAGAAGGCUUUCCUGGCCGGGGCCGAGAAACGAGGACUGCUCGGCCUGAAAGGCCAUCGGUCUGUAGGUGGAAUGAGAGCGAGCAAUUACAACGCCGUGUUGUUGGAAAGUGCUCAAAAACUGGCGGAUUACCUGGUUGAAUUUGCAAAGUCAUGA